AUGACAUCGCCUGAAAACGAAGCUUAUAAAGCUUUCGAGAAAAAAUUUGAAGAUUUCUGUGAGGAGCAGAACAAUAUUAGGCGAUUGCAGUCGUUUAAUCAAAUAUGUGAGUAUUUAAUUUCCGCAACUGAUCUAAAUAACAUUCCAAUUCGUAUUUGGCAGAAGUGUACUGAAUUUACAGUUCAAAAUGUUUCAUCUUCUGAACAGUUUUUAUGCUUUAUUUCGAUAUUAAAUAAGGCAAAGGAAAUUAUUACUUUCGACAAGUUCAGUGAUUCAAUAUUACGACUUUUUGAGAAUGCUUUUUUACUCUCUGAAGAUGAUUCAGCAGUCAUUUCACAAAGUUUAUCAUUUUUCAAUUUCAUUUUCCAAAAUAAGAAAAUUGCAAGUGAUCUAUCCACUACCGGUAUAUUCGAAUCGAUUUACAGUACUGUGUAUUCUAAAGGAAAGAACGUUAAAACUGCACAAUUGCUUCAACAAAUAAUUUUUGAAAAUUGCAACCAGUCAUUCUUUGAAUCAAUUACGUCCAAACAACUUUCAAAGGUGUUUGAAGCACUAACAAGUACAAAUAAUAAUCACCAAUUCAAGCAAGUUAUAAUAAUAUUCAUUUUGGAUUUUUAUGAAAAGGCAAUACAUGCAAAUCCUAAAAAUUCCGAUAUACUAAAGAAGGAUAACAACAUACAAUCGUUUGUUAAGUUCAUUGACGACUUCAGUGACGAUGAUAAACAAAUUUUUAUUGUCAAACUGAUAAAUUCAGGGGAAACUCCAUCACAAGACAUCAUAUCACAACUUGUUCUACCCAAUACGAAGCCCCAACCCUACAUGUCACGUGCAAUUAUCUCAACAGCCGAAAAAUAUCCUCAAGAAAUACCAAAACUUCAAGGAAUCAUUCCAUUUUCAACAUGGUGCGAUACAGAUAUCAAUGCAGAGGAAAUAUUACGUUUAAUUUCGAUUUUACAAAAGGUAGAUCAUACUUUAAUUUCACAAUGCAUGCCACACUUGAUCAAUCAUCUUAAACCAGAUACCCCUGUCUCUCUAUUCAUACAAACAUUCGUUUUGAUCGAUAACCAACUACUUCGCCGCUUAAUUUCCUUAAGUGACCUUUUGAAAGCGAAUUUCUUGCAAGUUUUCGUUAUCGAUGCUCCAGAAGAGUACAUUAUCGAGUUCUUUAAGAAGUCAGCAACCUUCGUUCAGCUCAUUUUAGACGUAUUUUCCAUUUGCAAAGAUUUGACUUUACAUGAAAAAGUGACGGACAAAAUUUUCACUUUAUCGAAGCACAAAGACAUAUUAAACAUGUUAAGUACAGCUAUUAGUGGCUUUAUAUGUGUUUGGCCGACGAGUAAUUCUGUAAAAAAGAUCAUGAAUCUUAUUGAUGAAAAUCAGACAGGAGAACUAAGUGAAGGACUGAUAUCUGCAUGUACAAAAUCAUUUACUGUUGCAAACUUGUUUGUUCAAGAAGGAGGAAUACAAUGGACAUUAGAUAAUUAUUAUCAAUUGUCAAUGUCAAUAAAACAACUUUCCUUUUUGUUGGCAGCAAUUGCAAGCCAUGAUUUGUACAAAGAACUUGAUAAAACAAUCCAGAAAUUACCUCCUGAUCAUCCUUUAUUCCAUAUUCCAAGUGAACUUGUUGAACCAAUUGUUUUUGGUAUGAAAAAUCUGACAUUUUACAGGGAAAUAAGAGUUUCUUCGAUGUUCCAUUUGUUGCCGGAUAAAAAUGUAACUGAUCCCUACAAUUUGUGGAAAAUUGGCAAUUUCUGUUUUGACAAAUUGUCAGAAGACGAUAAACACAAAUUGUUACCAUUAGUUGCAAACAGAUUUUUACUUCCAAGCCAAGUGGAGUCCAUCAUCAAAACAGCUCCAAAAAUCGAUGCUUGCUGCAAUCCAAGUUUCGAUCAUUUCCCUUUGUUCCAAUUCUAUCCUGGCCAAGGUGAACUGACCAUUGAAACCGAUUAUUUGAUGUGUUCUUUCUGGUUCAAACUCGGUGAUUUCAUCAAUUUCGAAAUGACACUUUUUAGAAAUGAACUGAUGACGAUAACGAUAAGAGAUACAACAUUAACAUGUGAAGUAGAGAAACAGAAGUGUCAUGCCGAGAUAACACCUGUUGAAUGGAACUUAAUUGUUGUUAGAUUGGAAGUAGGAAUGAUAAACAGUUCAUUACAUGUUAACACAAAAACAGAUGAACUGAUUUUCCAACCGAAAAAGAAAGUGACAAUAUUAAAGAAAGCUUGUUUCGGAAGUACCAAUCAAACAAUUGUUUUGUUAGGAUCAAGUCUCAGAUUCUCCAAGAAUUGGAUCUCUGAUUUCUCCGUUCUUGAAAGUCGUGGUCCUGGAUCAAUGAAACCAAUCGAAGGAAUCAAAGAAAGUUUGCAAAUAACUGCUCUUAAUGUUGACAAAAAGAUUUUGCCAAAUAAUUGUUAUAACGUACAUUAUUUCGGUUUGCCACGUCAUCUACACAAUGCAUUGCAUCAACAAUCGCUUUUUAAGUUAUUAAAUGAUAGCGAGAAAAGCGAAGAUGCCAUCAUCGCCAUUGCAAACACUGCAGUAAUCACUCAGGGAGCUUUGAAACAUUUCAUUGAUAGAGCUUUGACAGCAAUUAAGGAUUAUCAACCAAAAGUGACAAGUGAAGUGAUGAAGAAACAAUUGAUUACUAUUCUUUCAUGCACGGACACUCCGAAAGACGAAUUGUUUAAUAGUUUGUUCACUGAUAUGGAGUUAUGGGACAAAAUUGACAAUUUCACACUUUUGUCGACACUUUUUGAUUUGUUCCCUAAUGUUAUUUACAAAAACAUUGACUCUGGAGAGUUAUUCAUCUCGGAAAGGAUAUUUAAGAACUCUGAAGAUAAGCGCCUUUUGGCUUUGGUUCUCACCAAUUUCAAGAAACUUCCAAAAACGUUUAAAUACGUUGUAAAUCUCUUGAAAUCAUCUCCUUUAGUCAAAGACUUAAAUUGGGAUGUUCUAAGAAAUAGAAAAAGUGACAGUUUACAACUGACAAUUUGCCAAGUUUUAAGCGAUUUCAUCAGCAAAGACAAUGUUGAUUAUCUUGCAAAUUACUUGCUGUUCGAUGACUUGAAAUAUCUAAUGAUUUCGUCAGAAAAUACGUUAGCGGCUAAUAUUUAUCACCUCAUCUGUCAAAUAACGCAUUUUAUUCCAAAUUACAUGAUAAUUGAUUUUGUUUUCUUGACAAAUAUCUCCAGAUUGACAUCAUUCUCGAUUGUUUGGGAAGAUUCAAUCAAAUUAUGUCAAAGAGAUCAACAGAGAACAGUUAAAAAUAUCUCUGUUGUUCCAAUUUUGUUGAAUUUGACUUGGUCAACAGCUGUCGCCAUUUUCCAUGCACGCAAUCAUAAAUGCGAGAAGGAAAACAUGAAGUUAAUAGAGAUAGAAAGUUACAUGAACAAUGCUUUGGCUCUUUUGAUGGAUAUUGUUCCAAAAAUUUUGGAAACUCCUAUUUGUUUGUCACUUUUGUUGUAUUUUUAUCCAUUAAUUCUUAAUUAUCUUUAUGUUUAUUUCGCAGAAAAAGACGAAGCAGAUCGUCCUCUUCCUAUUAACCAUGAGUCAAUUAAUUUCCAGACAAUGAGUGAGUACAAUGACAUUCUUUGGUCGAAUUUGGAACUUCCAAAAGAAAUUCAAUUCCAAAAACCGCAAAUUACAUUUACACCUAUUGAAUUUUUGAGAAACUUAAUAGAUGAGAUCUUUUUGAGCUUCGAUUUACCAAAAGAAGUCAUGGAAGAUUUCAAUGGCCAAGUUCCCGAAAUUGGCAGUUGGAUGAAGACAUCUCCUUUGUUUAUUUUCAUGUCGGAUUUGUUGUUGAAUUGUUCUCCAGCUAAUUUCACUUUGCUCGCGAGAAGUUUCUUCAUUGGAACACCAUUCAGAUACUCCAAGAAGCCAAGACAUUAUACUCAUUCUUUGUUGCAUAUUUUGAUGUCUUGCAUGACAGUUCCUUUGUCAUCAAACAUUCCUUUCCAAAAAUUGUUUAGUUUCAUUCAUUUCUUGUGUGGAUUGAAUUUGUUAUCUGAUAAUGCACAAUUAUUCAUAUCUGAUAUCUUGUUGCUUUCUUCUUCUAUAUUUUGGACAUUUGGAGAUGCGGCAAUUCUUAAAUACGCUGACCAAAUCAAUCCAAUUUUGUUGCAAUUGAUGGCAACUUCUCCUGAAAAACAAUACGAACAAAUUUUCGGUUUAAUUCAAAAGAACUCAAAAAUUUUGAAUUUAAUUUGUACACAAACAAAAUCACAUCAAGUUUGGCUUUUCUUCUUGUCCAAUUUCAUGAAGAAAGAAACAGAAGCUAAACAGUUAUUUGGCAUUACAGAAGAUUACGACAAAAACAUGCUGCAGGAUUCAUGGGGACAAUUUACUUCUCAAUUCCAGAAAACAUUUGAAGAAAUUACGAAAGAGAUCAAAUCAUUCAAACAGUCUCAUUUCGUUGAUUUCGGGUUUAUCUCACGUGAAACUGUGAAAUACACAUUUAUCUCUAACUGUAAAUCAUUUGUUAUUGGAACAAUGAUGAAACAAUGUUACGAAUACAAUAAUUAUGUCUUCACAAUGUUGUGUGAUCUCAGAAAAUGGGAAGUUUUCAGAUUCAGAUUAAUGGAAAAUAUGAGACAAGCGACGAAUGAAAACCCUGUUAACUUGUUUAUGUCAUUAAAGAGUCUUCCUUACUUCCCACCGAAGCUAUUGCCGCCUGUUGCUGAUAACCCUGGAUUCGAAUCUUUCCACAAGAAACAUUUCAUUCAUAGAAAUUCUUGUCUUUCAAUUUUCCAAAGAACUUUUGAAAAAUUUGGAAACCCGAUCCAAAUUACAUCAUGUGUUUUCAUCAGAUACGGUGAUGCCAUUCCAUCCAUCUUGUUUACAUACAACAAAUCACUUGUUAUUGUCUUGUUCUCCACUUUCAAAGACAACCAAAUGAUUAUGUAUGAUGAACAUUCAACAAUUUUUGAAGAAAGUUUGUUGGCCGGCCAAAUUGGAAAGUUAUAUUUGUUUGAUAACCAUUUUGUCAUUGAAGUCAAAUCCAAUGAUCUUCUUGCUAUCCAUUGCAACAAGAACAGGAUGAAUAUUUGGUCAUUUAGCUACGGAAACUUUUUGUUAGUUUUCGAAAACGAAAUCCAAGGAAAUUUGUUGCAUUACGCAAACAAACUCGAUGAUGACGUCACCAAAUCAUUCUUAUUCGAUCAUCUUCUCGACCAAAUCAAGACGAAAGAAGAAGCAACAAAGAGAUGGUCGAAUAGAUCAAUUUCUUCCUUCCAAUAUGUUUGUAUCUUGAAUGCAUUAUGUGGUUAUUCUUUCAGUGAUAUCGACAAUUUCCCUUGUUUCCCACCAUUCUUAGAUCCUCCUGAAGAAGAUCCAGGACAACAGACUCCUUUCCCAUCAGGAUGUAUGGUUUCUAUGUCUCUUUCGAGAAUUCUUCCGUUCAAGAAACUUCCGAAAACAGAGAUAAAUUCCAAUUCUUUGAUUGCUUGUUCGUAUUCUUUGGCGGAAAAGACAAUGGAAGAAGACACAAAUUAUGACAUUUUUAAGUCAAUGAGAUUAAGAGAUGCUUUGGAAUCAGAAAACGCAAGAAUAGAACUCCAGCAAUGGACAAGAGUUCAUUUCACAACUCGUCCAAUCAGAACAAAUUCUUUAGAAGUUCCAGGAAAAAUCAAACUUUCUGAAGCAAGAAAAACUCCUUCCCAAGCAAAUCUUCCUCCUUUGAGUGGUCGAACAAGUGUCUUAAAAUCAGCUUUUAUCUGUAUUUAUCCAGAAGACAUCAAGCUCGAGAUCUUCGACAUAAAUACAGGUAAAGUUUACGUGAGAUACAUCGACCACGCGUUCGACCAAGCUCUUUCAGUUUCUUCAAGUCAAAACGGUUUGUUUAUUGUUGUUGAUUUCAGUUUUGGAGAAACAAGAGCUUACAGAGUUAACUACGAGAACGAUUUACCAAGUGGACUGAUGGUUCUCAACUCCUUCCCAAGCCCAUGCAAACCGAGAAGCUGCGUAUCUGGAUCAAACUGGCUUUCUGCAACUUGUUUCGAAAACAAAGUUGUUCUUUGGGAUAUUUUCAAUGGUUUGGUUCAUAGAACGAUUGUUUUCGAGUCAAAAGUGUUUUCAUCAUUAUUCGAUGUUCCUCAAUCUCAUGUUUGGGUUUUAUGUGAAGACAACUGUAUCUAUUGUUACACGGUUAAUGCGACAUUUCUUUGCAAGUUGGCUUUGGGAGAAAGAAAUUACAGCGACAUGAAUUUCAUUUCUACUUCUUAUUGCACAGUUUUCGCUGAAGAUAAAAAGACAAAUGAAAUUGUUUCUUUCUAUGUUUCUUCUCACAAGAAAUGCGUCAAAAUGAGGACUGUUGGUGAUGAUGACAAGCAGAACAUCAUGCAGGCAGCAUUGGAACAGUUCAAUCUCAAGAAGAUAUUGUGUGGAGAUGCAUUGAACACAAACCAAUAUCAUAUCAUGGUCAAAAAGAAGAGGAGAGCUUCUUAUGACCAUUGCGCAAUUUGUAAUUCUCCUGCGAAAGGCGUUUGCAGAAUUUGUAAUAAAUAUGUCUGCGAACAAUGUUUGACAAUGGAUAAUUUAGGUCCUGUUUGUAAGAACUGCCAUGAAUUAUUAUGA